AUGACAACGCCCGGUGUUAGCGGUCAGACGCAUUUAUCAAACGGAGAACCACCGCCUCCCCCGCCGCGGACGCUGCGACCAAACAAUGCGGCGACCCGAUCGACACCCUCGGUUUCACCGGCAUCCGCGGUUCCAACGCCGUCAGACGAUGCAGUUAGUUCGCCGCCGGGUCAGGCCGAAACGUCGGCAGUACAGCCUCCGCCUGCUGUACCGAGUACGUCUUCGAAAUCGGUGCGACCGUUCAGCAAACAAUCGUUAAGUCGGCCGCCGGAUGAUCCGAAAGCGGCGGGAAAUGCGAGACUUGUAAGAGAAUACGGUUUUUCAACCACGAAGGAAGCGGAGUGUUCCGGAUGGAGCAGAAUUACCGAACCGAUAUGA